CACCACCGCCCAUCCUCAUCGCAACUGCCAAUCAAUCCAUUGCCCCUCCACCACACGUCAAAAUGCCUCUUCUCGGAAGGAAGUUCCCGGCGCAAAUUGCCAAGCCCAUGUGGCCUUUCUACGUCUCUGGUCUUGUCAUCCUCUACGGUGUCAACUCUGCCGCGAACGCCAUGUCCCAGGCCGACGAGUACAAGAACGACCCACGAAACCCCGCCCUCAAGAACCAGUCAGCGAACCACUAAGCUUCAAAGUGCAUGACGUGGAAAGCGGGGUUUGAGCAUAUGGAUGUUAUCAGAUGCAGUGUACAAUAACCGCAGAAAUGGGAAAAGGAUGGAAAUGUCGCACUGAGACGGCCAUAUAGAUUUUACCAAAUCAAUGCUGGUCAAACCAACAGCCAGAGCCUUGUCUG